AGACGGCGCUGCAAUGUCAUUUCUAUUGCGUUUUGAAUUUUAACGUUUAAUUUUUAUGUACGCCAUGACACUUCAAUACAAACGCCGUCAAGUUUAGUUUAUAUUUCAAAUAACAUCGUUUUGUACAAAAAAAAAAUUUAGAAAAUAAUUUUUUAUCAUUAAUUUUAAGUAACUUUUAACCAUUUUUUUCGGAAGAAUAACCAAUUAUUUAGAGCCAUAAUUGAAAGCAUUUUCUAAAUUGUAUAAAUUAAGGCAGAUAACACGUUGUGAUAAUUUAGUUUGUUAGACGAAAAUUCAAGAAAGUGAAAGCGACCCAAAUUUAUACUGUGAAACUGAACAUUACCAUAGAUCUUUUAUUUUAACAAGCACACACAAAUUUUGAUAAUAGUCCGUGAUAGUUUUGUUUAUGCACAGUCAUAAAAUUUCGGAAAAUUCCUAUCAAAUUUUGCCAAAUAUUUACGUAUUUCAAUACAAGUGGUUAGCUACUGUAAGCCAAAUACGCAAAUCUUCUCUAUUGUCGUUGCUACAAAUACAACGACAAAGCAGCUGUCGAUUGAAUGUAUUAAGUGUGUGUAAAUGGACCAAAACGCUGAAAGUGGUAUCGAUAUGAAUUCAAGCAGUGAUAUGCCCGAUGACUUUUCAUCACCGGAGCGCAUAACCACAACUAAGCUAACACCAAGGACUCUGGUGUAUGAUGAUAUUGACGGUGAUGAAAUAUCGUCUAUGAUUCGGCGUCGUACGCUCGGUGCAUUCGCCAAAAAUAAUAAUAACAACGAUAAUGACGGUGACAAGUCAUCAUUGGACGAUGAUGACGAUACAAGGAAUCCAAUGAUUCGGCCAUUGCGAGCAACCGCAAUAAGUCAGUCAAAAAUGCAUCUGGAAUCACCACCAUAUCGCAAAGUACGUGCACUGCGACUGUUUGACACACCGGCAACACCCAAAACAUUGAUUAAAAAAUCGUCGUUCGAAAACGGAGCACAAACACCAGCACAAAACAAACUCAUUCGCAAGUCAAUCCUAUCGAAUCUCGGCGGAUUAGGUUCGCGCACACCAAAUGUCACUGACCGACCAAAGGCAUUACCCGUACAUAACAAAGCGCUGGAACCGGUUACAGCCAACAUUAAUCCAUUUUCACCAUCAAGCUUUAUGCAGAAGAAAAAACGAUCUCGAACAGAUGAACAAUGCCGAUCCACUAGAAAUAGCACCGAAUCACUUAUUAGCAAAUCGAAUUUAUCAAUUAGCUCAAUAGACGAAGAUAUAUCAGGUGGCAACACCACUGAUGACGAAUGGCAAGCACCGAAGCGAUUGGCCUUGCAGGACUCAAAUCUGCCGCGCUACGAAAAAGAAUUUGUUGAACUGACGUUAAUUGGGGAGGGUGCAUUUGGUGUAGUUUAUCAAUGUUUAAAUCGUUUGGAUGGCUGUAUCUAUGCUAUUAAACGGAGCAUAAAACCGGUGGCUGGUAGCGUGUUUGAAAAAAAUGCCCUGAAUGAAGUAUACGCACACGCGGUGUUGGGCAAGCACGACAAUGUUGUAAGAUAUUAUUCGGCAUGGUCGGAGAAUAUGCAUAUGUUAAUACAGAAUGAAUAUUGUAACGGAGGCAGCUUGCAAGCCUUACUCAAAGAUCGUUCGUUGGUGGAAACGGAAUUGCGCACAGUGUUGGCUCAUGUAGCCGAUGGUCUAAAAUACAUACACUCAAAUGAUCUCGUUCACAUGGAUUUGAAAGCUGGAAACAUUUUCUUAACCAAAGCUCCGAUUCGUGCACACGUUUCGCAUCCGACCAGCACCAACAGUAAUGGCACCACCGACAGUCAUGACGAUGGUUUCGAGGACAUUUACGAAGAAUUAGAAAUGGAAGUGACAUACAAAAUUGGUGAUCUGGGUCAUGUAACAAGCAUUCGAAAUCCGCAAGUGGAGGAGGGUGACUGUCGAUAUUUACCAUUGGAAAUUCUACAGGAAGACUAUUCACAGCUCGAAAAAGCUGACAUCUUUGCGUUGGGCAUAACAUUGUAUGAAGCCGGUGGUGGUGGUUCAUUACCCAAAAACGGGCCCGUUUGGCAUGAUCUACGCGAGGGACGUGUACCCGAUUUACCAAACAUUAGCAGAGAUUUCAACAAGCUAAUUAAGCUUAUGACACAUCCCGAUCCUAGCCAAAGACCAACAGCUGCUGAAAUACUCAAUCAUCCCGUUUUGAAUCCGACCGAAACGAAAACCAAACGGCAACUGUGCUAUGAACUAAACAUGGAGCGAAAGAAAAACGAGCUGCUGAUGCGAAAGCUACGCGAAACAAAAGCACUUCUCAAAUCAUAUGAGUUAUCCAAAACUCCCCUUGCUAAGAAAUACCGAAAUAAAAUAAUGAUCUAAAUUUAUAAAUUAUAUGCAAAGAUAGAGCCUAUACUACUACAAAAUAAGGGAAAUAGAUUACAAUAAAUAUAACAGAGGAAAAAACACACAGAAAAAACUACACAACAACUCGAAA